GGCUCCAUUCUACUCUGGAAGGUAUCAAUGAACGGUCGGUCGUUUUUCGCGUGAGCUCGCGGUUGUUUUAUUCAUCCUACUGUGUCUCUGCUCUGGUAUUUGUGGGGUGGAGGAGUGAAAAUAUUUGAGCUGGUGCAUAUUUACUGGUGCGUUGGAUGUUCGCAAUUACAUCACAGGCGUAGGAGGAGCAUUCUAGGUGUUCACAAUUACGGAAGCUAUUGUUGGAAUCCUCCAGCUGGAAUUGGUUUGGAGCGAUUUGCAAACCGAGUGUUUAAUUGAUUUAUAUUUUUGCACUCGGAAGAGUGCCAGAAAAAGUUCGAUCGAUUUGGUGCUGUGAGGGGUAUCUCUCAGAGGAAAAUACGAUUACAAACAAGGUGCUGUGAAAGGAAGAAAAGCUCGUGUGGGUGAAGCUUCCACAUUUCUUUCAAGUGAUUGUUCCGAAGAAACAUAAUCAAAAGAAAAACAUCGAGCAGCUGGAUUUGGUGAACCAGAUACACGGAUACUCCUAGAUUUGUAAACUUUCAUUCGUAACGUAACGUUCGGGGUAAACCCGAAAAACAAGCCGUAGCAACGGAGGAAUCUUUCGGCAGGAUGGGCGACCACGGCCCAGACAUGAACACAUUGGAAACAGUGGUGCCAGCCGUUCUGGGCCUGACAGCGGCAGCCAUUUUGACCGUGACGGCUUGCUUCUGUGCCCGGCGGAUCCGGCGGCAGAAGAAGAAGGCCGGCCACGAAUCGACCUCGCUCCCGUUCCAGCCCCCGAGACCCCCUCGAGCGGUCCGUUCUCCUUCCGGCCAACCGCCACAGUAUCUGAAAAAAUCUCCAUCGCCAACUGGAAUGAAACCACCCCCGGGAGGCCAUUUGCCAGCACAAUCGCCAACCGAACAGAGCUGCAUCCCGAGGAAUUCGGCCACUCCGAUCCCAACCUGCACCACCACCAAAUACAGCGAAGAAAACGAACUUACCCCAAAGAAGGUGAGCCUGGAGCCGAAAUCCCCUGGCGGCGAUCCGGACACCCUGGAUGGUAACGACAACCUCUCCGAGUACGGAAAGCUGGGCUCCAUUGUCUUCAAGCUUCGCUAUCUGGCCGAUAGGAGCGCUCUGGUUGUUUCGGUCGUUCGUUGCCGGGGUCUACCGGGAAAGAACCACAAUUCGACGACCACCGAUUUGACCGCACUUCCGGCCGGUCCCCUCUGCAACGGAAACGAGAACGUCAAACAGGGAGCCACCGAUCCGUACGUCAAGCUGCAGCUUCUGCCCGAUAAACAGCACAAGGUUAAGACCAGGUGGGUAACGACUUUUGGUUAG